GCACUAUUCAAAACUUAAGCCGACAAAGUUAAAAAUAAAAAAUAAUAAAAUCUGAGAGCAGUUCUCAUGAGAGGGUAGAGGAAAAGUAGAAAAACCCCAAGCGGAUUCCUGGUAUUCGGUGCAGAAAACCAGAGGAGAAUAAUGGGUGAAGAAGAGAAGCGAAAUCCAAAAUCCGAAUUGGAUUUGGAAGUAAAACAGUCAAAUGAAUCAAUCAACCACAAGAUGGAGGAUACGAAUCAACUGGAAGAACAAUCUUCAACGUCUUCUUCAAAGAAUACAAAUGCAAAUAUUCAGACGGGGAAGACUUGUAAAGGUUGCCUUUAUUACUCAUCCCAUUUCAAAGCCGAUUCUCGAAACCCUCUUUGCGUUGGUCUCCCCCGUUCCCUUCCCAAUGUACCGCAAUAUAUCGUUGGAGAAUCUGAGAUGGAAGCCUCUAAAAAAGGUAGAAGCCUAAGAGAUUUCAGAUAUGCUUGUGUUGGUUAUGCUCUUUACACUGACCGGAAAAAGCAGGUAGCUGAUGGACAAGAGACACAAACUGAAUUGCCAGUUUGUUUUGGCCUUGAGGUUAUAGUAGAUCGAAGUGCUGCUGCUCCUAUUCAUAAUAGAGAAGCAGAUGGUAAUGGGUUGCCACAACGUCGAACGCAUAAACCGACUCCUUCGACUGGGGAUGAGUUCCUGAGCAGGUUUAUGAGAAAUGCUAAUCUGGUUGCAAAUGGGGUGGCCAAGAACGUACGCAAAGUGGGGAAUCAAAUAAAAGAGUCUAUUGAUGACAUAUUGUAUCCCUACCGAAGACGGCCAAAGUAAAGAGGCUAGUCCUUCCCGUGUAAUAAAAAAUGGAGGAAUAAACCUUGAUCUAUAAUGUACUAUCUGCUUUAUAGUAGUCUGAUUUCCUCCUCUGAAAUUCGACGACGACGGACAAAAGCAGGGUUUUUUGUUGGCUACUUGUAGUCCAGAUUUGACUCUCUGUUGAUGCCUAGUUUGAUGAGGUGAAUGGAGGCUAAGGUUCUUGUUUUGGCCUGUACUAGUCCUUCAACACUGCUCUCCGUAUUUUUGUACAGCAACAAUUUAUUGGCAUACCCCGAAAUAUAAAUAGCAGUGAUGAAAUGCCAAUGUAAAAUGUGUUCUUUUUCUGUUAAUCCAAAACUUGAAUCCUGGGUUUUCAUUU